AUGUCCCAGGCCGGCGGCAGCCCCGGCCCGGAGGAUUUGGAGCCUCGUGUCGGGGCUCACUCGCGCACCCCGAGCCGGGGCAGCCAGCGCGUCGAGUGCAUCAUCUGCUACUCCUCGUACGACCUGGGCGUGCGGCUGCCGCGGCGCCUGUACUGCGGCCACACGUUCUGCCAGGCGUGCCUGAAGCGCCUGGACGCGGUGAGCAACGAGCAGCGCUGGAUCCCGUGCCCGCAGUGCCGCCAGAACACCCCCACGCCCCGCGGAGGGGUCACCAUGCUCGACCUCGACCUCGCCACCUUCCUGGCCGUCAAGGCCGACAAGGAGCAGCCGCGGCCGGCCGGCAGGGCUCCCCCCGCUCCCAAGGGCUGCUGCAAGGAGCCCGCGGUGACCCAGCAGCCGGCGGGGCCGUGCCGAGAGCCCGGGACCCCCGCGCUGUUCCCCCGGCGCGGCUGCUGCCGGCUGUGCCUGUGCUGCGGGGUCACGGCCGCGCUGGAGAGCUGA